AUGGAGUCGCAGGAUUGCAUCUACGAGCAUGAUGCGCAGAUAAUCCCGCAUCUCGUGUCACACCUCCCGUAUUCCAGUACAGUCCUCCGCCGCAUCCAGCAUGGGCUUGUGUACCCAUCGGCCACGGCCAAGAUCCUAGCGACGUUCCCGCCGGGCGCAACCCCUGAGCAGCCGUGGCUGGCGGCGCAAGUGGAUCUAUUCCGCGGUCGCGAGACCCAGAUGGUCGUGUAUUCCAGCCUGGAAGCGGAGCACACGUCAAACGAGCCGAUCGGCCCUGUCAACCCAGCGACUAGUCAGACUGAUUCCCAUUAUCAUACUAAUAAGGCUGCCGAUCCUCAUCAUCAUGAUCAGCAUGCUACUACUGCUACUACUACUCCUGCCGAUGAUGAUGAUCAUUUAAGGGUGUCCACCCUUGCUACCAGCCCGCUGGUCCUAGCGCGCGCCCGGGCCCAGCUAUUGGCCUUAUUGUCCUAUGUCAAAGCGUACCUGCGUCCGAUCUACCUGUCAUCUCUGCAGCCCGCAUCUGCUGCCGCGGGAACCAGCCCAAUCCAAAACAAUCCUCAACCUAAUCAUCCUGCCGUCCCCCUGAUCCCCCCACCUGACCCACUCGCCUUUCUGCUGGGCAGCCUGCAUACGGGUCUCUUCGCGCUUCUGCAGCAGUCCGGCUCGUACCCGGGCUCGUACCCUUUGGCCGGGCUUCGGGUUCAUCGUGUCGAUUUCCCGCCGUACUACAAGUAUGUGUUCCCACGAGAGGUGUUUUGUCCAGAAGGUGGAGAGUCUGAGAAUGAUACUGCCGAGCUGGAUUUGCCGCCGGGGUAUCGCUACCAUGACCGUCGCGGACGAGUUGGCGUGCUUCCGUCGCAGUUGGAUCUGGUGCAGAGCCGGACUCAUAUUCCGCGCUCUCGGAAGCAGCUGUCCUCUAUGCCGGGUGUAGCCGUUUAUUAUGACUCUGAGCCUUCUUUGGAGGGCCAGUUCAAGGAUGUGAAGAGUGAAGAUGCCCCGGACGAGAUGCCUAUUGCCUGGGCUUUCCUCGGGACCGAUGGGGCACUGGCGACGCUGCAUGUCGAGCCGGAGCAUCGUGGCCGUGGCAUUGCGUUCCGGCUGUCCAAGGAGGUGAUGCGUCGGGAAAUGGCUCCAGACGGCAUCUAUGGUAGUGGUAGUGCCGCUGCGCAAUAUGGCUUGUCGCAGAACCCUAUCGGGGACUGGGUGCAUACCGAAGUGGCUCAGCGGAACCAGGCCAGUCGCAGGGUCAUGGACAAGAUUGGUGGGAGGCCCCUGACCACCGUAGUCUGGACGUGCAUUGAGUUGUGUGAUUAA